AAUUAAUUAGGUUUUAGGGAGCAGAUUGACAGUGGUCAAGUUGGUUUUGCUGAGCUGGCCUCAAAAGAGAGCGAUUGUGGUAGCGCUAAAAGAGGCGGAGACUUGGGCCCUUUUGGACGAGGACAGAUGCAAAAACCAUUUGAAGAAGCAACUUAUGCUCUGAAGAUAGGUGAACUAAGUGAACCUGUAUUCUCUGAUUCUGGAAUACACAUUAUCAUGAGGACAGCAUGAGCAGUGGGGCAUCAAUUACUGACUGAACUUUAAUAAUUUCUACAUUUGUGUCUUCAAUCUUCAUCAAUUUUGUUAAAAUUGA